AUGACGUCUCUACUACCUGAACCCGAGAUCUGGCAAUUAGCCCCGCCAUGGCGUGGCGAGAAAAGGACGACUACAGUCCGAAGACAGUACCAACAGAGGACUCCAUCCCCAUCGAAGCCUUCUCCGUCCGCCAGGGAGGUGCAAUAUGAUUUCAACAGUAGUGCACCGGUCACGCCUAGAGCUGUGAUCGACCCUCCUCGUCUGGCAAAGGAGGGUUUCGAAUGGGUCUGGUUCCCCGAAGGAUACUGGGCGGAGAGGGAGCGUGUUGACUUCAUCUCAAACGCAAAGUUCAACCUCAAAUGGCGCAAUAGAUCUCAGAAGUCGAGCUCAGGACAAACAGAAAAAAGCGGCAGCGGUGACCGUUUCAGUCCCACAGACAAUUUGCACCAUCUGAAUCCAAAGGACCCGAUUAGUCGAGCGGCAAUGCUGGGAAGCAAUGCUCCACUGCCAAGUCCAUUUCUGAGCGAAGCCGAUCAUGUACUCUCCUUGCAACGACCGAGUUUGGAAAGAGGUACGAGCGAAGAAUCGAAGUUUACUGACAGUCCGUGGGUACUCAGCAGAGCGGCCAUGUAUGCUGGCAAGGUGAUCACAAGUAGCCCUUUGUCUUUGACCCACGAAUCACCACUGUAUAGAUCCUCAAACGAGACGACACGACCCGCCACGGUUAAUCGGGCAACUUCUAUCCAGCCAACAGAGAACUUAGUCAAGAAGAGCCCUAUGCCAUCCCCUUUCCAAACCAUGAAAUCCAUCAUGGGCCUAAAACCUAAAACCAAAGAGCACAAAUUGAAGCGCCAUCCCACAAACACCAGCAAUUAUACGGCCUCGACGAUAGCAGGUGCCACUUCACAACUUGAAAAUCACAGUCACGGUGGAAUCACACGAGUUCCGUCCUUGCUGCGCGACCGUGACGACGCUGGGAGCCCUUCGAAUGGCCACAAGUCGCGUCAACGCAAGCUCUUUGGGCUUGCACCAUGGCAGCGCAGAUUCUCGAAAGAGUCGGUCGAGAGCGUCUCCAGUUCGAUUCGAGAGAUGAUUCGUGGGCACACGCCGAAUUCGUCUCCAGCCUCGGACUUCCUGACAAUUAAAAGUUGCAGACCUGAUGAUCGCGACGAGAUGUAUCCAGGAAACGAAGCAAGACGUAUCAGGACACCUCCUCUUCGGACUCCUUUCAGGGAAGCGGGUGUUGCCUACUCGUUCUUCACGGAAACUAUACCUCCCGAUGCCAACAAUCGUGCUCCCGUACCUCCUAGAGCCGUGGAGCCUCCUAAAUUGAAAACGGCGGAGGAAGUUACCGGAUCUCUCCACCAACAGAAGCUAAAACCUCGUGAGUGGUGGGAAGUACCUGCGGCUACGCUUCGCUGGGAGCGUAUGGGUCGGAAGCCAUUCGAGUUUAAUCUACCAGAGCAUCUGCCGACGAGCCCCAUGUGUCCGGCAAAUAAGAAAUACAAGAGCGGCGGUACGGAAGUCUGCGUGUAUCACGGUCGCAGAAAGAGGAGCAGCCAACUGGAGACCAGUGAUGGUGAGGAUUCUUUACCGAGGUCGAGACGCUGA